AUGUCUAUUGAUCCUAACGAGGCCAGGAACGGGAAUGGCAGGCGUAAAAGAGCACCGUCUGCCGUCCCGUCCUUGGACCCUCGCGUUAAUAAUUUUAUAGGCGAGUUAAUCGACGUAGAACAAGUAGGUGAAGUGGAUUUAGAAGACGAAGUGUCAGUGCCAAGUGAGUCGUCGGCGGAACGCCGAGCCUAUGCAGAAAUCGAGAGGAUGCGGCAGCAACGGGAGAUUGAGAGGCAGCAACGGGAGAUUGAGAGGCAGCAGCGUGAGAGUAAGAGACAGAAAGAAACGGAUCGGCGUCAACGCGAGAGGCAGGAACGCCACCAGCAAAAGGUUCGUGAAGACCGCCUUCGGCGAAAGCAAGAGGAAGAAGAUCGUCGCGAACGUAGGAGUCGUUCGGGGGAAGAACGUCGCAGCCGCGAUGCACGUCCCAGAUCCAGGUCCAGGUCCCCUCGCCGCUCAAACUCAACCAGACCAGUCCAGACGCCCACAGAUCCAGCGCCUCCCGUCACGAGAAAUGCACCUCCAGUGUCGCCUCCGCCGACGACCGGGCCACUGGGAAAAUCUCAGCAUCCAAGGAAAAUCCUGGUCUCGAAAGAAGAAUCGAGAAACCUUGCCGACUGGCUCAACAAGAGCGUCACGCCAGCAGAACUGAAGGGUUUUUCAGAGAAAUACCCAAUUGAAUUCGAGAAAAAAGAAUUCAGCCUGGCUCCUCCACAUCUGGACGACUGGAUGACCAGGCGGCUAAAAGAGUCUGCCGCCCACAAACUGGCUGAAGCAGCAGAAAAAACGUGGCUUUCGGUCCAGCUUAAAGUGCUGGACAUCGCAGGAUCACUGGUCUAUCUCCACCAAUUGACGAAGCAAGGUCGCCCGCUGGACAUGGAAGAGGUGUCAGAAAAUGUCAAAGUGGCCUUAGAGCUAACGGCCGCAGCGUCCUACGACAUCUCUCGUAGAAGACGCCGGAACAUCCUCAACCAUACAGACCCUCGCUCUGACUAUUUGCUGGAGGACCCCAAAUCCUUUUCGAGCAAACAAACAGUUUCGUCACUGUUUGGCAAGCGCUUUCUCGAAGCCAUGCUGAAAAAAGCGGACCAAGACGAAAAGUUAAACCGUCGUGGACCACCAGGUCCAGCCCCACCCAAAGCAGCUUCAGGCCCGAUAACACGAGCAAGAUCCGGCAGAGGAGACAGAGGGCAAUCUUUCUUCGAGAACGAUAGAAGCGGCGGCCGAGGGAGAAGAAGAAAUGGCCAAGGUUUGCGACGAAGAAGUGGUUAG